AUGGGUUCUGGCCAGCGAUCCUCAGCCUCUGCUAUUGCUACUCGGCAGCACACCUAUCACCAUCAUAACCACUGCUUCAGUCGCGAGGGAUCCCUCGCGGAUGUCCCCAAGGACCUGCUUGGAGAGAUUAAAAAGCUUGAGCAACACCUCAGCAUCGACACCAAGAAGCUCAAGGAGAUCACGAACCAUUUCGUCGCCGAGCUAGAGAAAGGAUUGACUGUCGAGGGUGGCAGCAUUCCUAUGAACCCAACAUGGGUUAUGGAAUACCCAGAUGGCUACGAAACCGGCACAUACCUGGCAUUGGAUAUGGGCGGCACCAACUUGCGUGUGUGCGAGAUCACUCUGACUGACACCAAGUCGGAGUUUGAUAUCAUCCAGUCCAAGUAUCGCAUGCCCGAAGAACUGAAGACAGGAGAGUCCGAGGAGCUUUGGGACUACAUCGCCGACUGCUUGCAACAAUUCCUGGACACCCACCAUGGCGAUCUUGCCCCUGGUACCAUGAUCCCCCUUGGUUUCACCUUCUCGUAUCCUGCUACACAGAACUACAUCGACGAGGGUACUUUGCAGCGAUGGACCAAGGGCUUCGACAUCGACGGAGUGGAGGGUCACAACAUCGUCCCCAUGCUCGAGUCUGCUUUGAAAGCAAAGGACGUCCCCAUCAGGGUCUCUGCCGUUAUCAACGACACUACUGGUACUCUGAUUGCAUCAGCCUACACCGAUCCCACGGUGAAGAUUGGCUGCAUCUUCGGCACAGGUUGCAAUGCUGCUUACAUGGAGAACUGCGGCUCCAUCCCCAAGCUCGCCCACUUGAACCUGCCUGCUGAUUGCCCCAUGGCCAUCAACUGCGAAUGGGGAGCCUUCGAUAACGAGCACGUUAUUCUCCCACGGACGCCGUACGAUAUCAUUAUCGACAAGGACUCGCCUCGCCCGGGACAGCAAGCCUUCGAGAAGAUGAUCGCCGGUCUAUACUUGGGAGAGAUAUUCCGUCUGAUCAUGGUCGACCUGCACGACAACAAGGAUAUCCACAUUUUUGAGGGGCAAGACAUCAAGAAGCUGCGUAAGGCGUACACCCUUGAUGCAUCCUUCCUUUCGGCAAUCGAAGAUGACCCGUUCGAAAACUUGCAAGAGACAGCCGACCUCUUUUCUGAUAAGCUCGGCAUUGCUACCACUCGUCCUGAGCUUGAGCUGAUCCGUCGCGCUGCCGAGUUGAUCGGCACUCGUGCCGCCCGCCUCUCCGCCUGUGGUGUCGCAGCGAUCUGCAAGAAGAAGAACUUCCAGCCAUGCCAUGUCGGUGCUGAUGGAUCUGUCUUCAACAAAUACCCCCACUUCAAGGCACGAGGCGCCCAGGCCCUGCGUGAGAUCCUGGAUUGGCCAGUCAAGAAGAACGCCAAGGAGGAGGAUCCUGUGGAGAUUCUCGCAGCCGAAGAUGGUAGCGGUGUUGGUGCCGCGCUCAUUGCCGCUCUGACUCUGAAGAGAGUGCAGGCGGGCAAUGUCGCCGGUAUCCUGCACCCCGAGAACUUCAAAUAA